AUGCUGCUGAGAAAAGGCAUUGCUUUGGGUAUAGUAUUGGUGGUUUUGGGAACAUUCCAGGCAGGCUUGUCACAGUCACAGAACAUUACCAGGGCCAGUUUCCCAAAGGGCUUUGUUUUUGGAACCGCCUCUUCUUCUUUCCAGUACGAAGGAGCAGUGAAGGAGGAUGGAAGGGGGCCAACUAUUUGGGACAAAUUCUCACAUACUUUUGGGAAGAUAAUCGAUGGUAGUAAUGCUGAUGUUGCUGUGGACCAAUACCACCGCUAUACUGAAGAUAUACAACUCAUGAAGGACAUGGGGAUGGAUGCUUACAGGUUUUCAAUAGCUUGGUCUCGGAUAUACCCUAAUGGUACAGGAGAAAUAAACCAGGCAGGUGUUGAUCAUUACAAUAAUUUGAUAAAUGCUCUAUUUGCCAAAGGUAUUGAACCAUAUGUGACCCUUUACCACUGGGAUCUUCCUCAAGCGUUGGAGGACAGAUACAAUGGAUGGCUCGACCCGCAAAUUAUAAAGGACUUUGCAAUGUUUGCUGAGACAUGCUUCCAGAUUUUUGGUGACAGGGUGAAACACUGGAUUACAUUUAAUGAACCCCAUACAUUUACUGUGCAAGGCUAUGAUGUCGGUCUCCAAGCACCAGGACGCUGUUCCAUCAUUCUUCGCCUUAUCUGCAAGGCUGGAAACUCUGCAACUGAGCCUUACAUAGUUGCGCACAAUGUCCUCCUUUCUCAUGCAACUGUUGCAGAUAUUUACAGGAAAAAGUACAAGGCAAAACAACAUGGAUCGGUUGGGGUAUCGUUUGAUGUUAUGUGGUAUGAGCCAGAGACAAAUUCAGCAGAAAACAUUGAAGCCGCUCAAAGAGCUCAAGAUUUUCAGCUUGGCUGGUUUCUGGACCCAUUGAUCUUUGGAGAUUAUCCAAGCUCAAUGAUUAGCAGAGUAGGAAACCGAUUGCCUAGGUUUUCAAAAGCUGAGUCCGCUCUUCUUAAGGGGUCUUUGGAUUUUGUUGGCAUUAAUCAUUACACUACAUAUUAUGCAAGAGCAAAUGCCACUAAUGCACUUGGUACUAUACUAAAUGACUCCAUAGCAGACUCUGGUGCCUUUACAGUUCCUUUCAAAAAUGGGAAACCUAUAGGAGACAAGGCAAAUUCUAUAUGGUUAUACAUAGUACCCAGUGGUAUGAGAAGCCUAAUGAAUUACAUCAAGGAGAAGUAUGGAAACCCUCCAGUCAUUAUCACAGAAAAUGGUAUGGAUGACUCAAAUAGCAUAUUUAACAGCAUUAAAGAUGCUCUGAAGGAUGAGAAGAGAAUCAAAUACCACCAUGAUUACUUAACUAACCUCCUAGCUGCUAUCAAGGAAGAUGGUUGCAAUGUUAAAGGGUAUUUUGUCUGGUCUCUACUUGAUAACUGGGAGUGGGGAGCCGGGUACACAUCUAGAUUCGGUCUAUAUUUUGUGGACUACAAGGACAACCUCAAGAGAUAUGCCAAGGACUCUGUUCAAUGGUUCAAGAACUUCCUAGCGUCUGCUUAA